GUGUGAUUGUUUCGUUUUGAAGACGGAGUUAUGGCGGCGCCAGUGGAGGGAACUUCAAAAGUUAACAGAUCCUGCUAAAUAGAGUCAAUCUAUCCUCAUGUAUUAACAGUGAAAACUACAAGAAACGCGUGAGCUCAGAUACCAUUCCGGGCGCUUCAUCAUAACAGUAAGCUGAGAAUAAACGACAUGAUUGAAUUUGGAUAGCUUUAGUUAACGUUAGCUAGCUAACUAGCAAAACAAACCAUAUAGCUGGCUAGUAGUACAUAUAAAGUUAGCUGGCUAACUGACUGGUAAGCUUUCUAGCAUGUCGGCUGUCGUCGUUAGCUAACUAGCUGUCUGUGUGCUGAAAGCUCCCACUGUGAAGGGAAUCUAGCUAGAGCUCUAGCUAGAUAACGUCACAUCUUUAUAUCUGGUUGGAAGUGUAACGUUAACGUUAUUCAUCCUACGCUACAGAUCCAACAACGCUAAGGGACUGCGUUGGGCAUAGGACUGAACAUGUGUUAAGUUUGCUCCAUCGGAAAGGUUUGAUUAGGGGGUCUUAAGGUAAGGGUUAAGGUUAGGCAAAGGGAUAGUGUAACUGCCAUUCAGAACCAUACAAAAUAUUCUGGUAAUUGACUGCCUUUGCCUUAUAUCUUUCCUAAAAUCAGUAACAGAUCUGUAACCCAAAGACAAAGAUCCAGACUGGUGACCUAAGAUGACCAGAGCAGGUCCCCUGCAGCAGCGUCCUCUAGCAGGGUGCAGCGACCCAGACAUCCGGCUGGUUCCCCUGCCCGCCCCGGUGCCCCUGGUCCCCGCUAGCCCCCUGCGGUGUCCGGAACUGGACCUGUCCCUUCCCCUCAGCCCCGACCCGUCACGGCCCAAUCCGGCUAGCCUGCUGAGAGGACGCAGCCACCGGCAGGUCAGUCUGACACAGACACACACCCUGACGGACAGUCACAGAUGGUGCUUUUCUCAGUUGUCAAGACAGCUGUAGAAGUGAUGAGAGAUCUGUGUGUGAGUCUGUGUGUGUUUUUGGAGAGACAUCACUGAAAUGUGUGCCCCUGACUCUACAGGUGCGAUUUGCCUCCGAGGAGCCUGUGGUUGUCACGGUGAUAGCAGAGCCUAGCAACGACCCUCCACCUUGGCAACGCCCUGGACACUCCAGCAGUUACUCAAAGGGCAAAGGACUCCAUGGUAACUAACCCUCCUGGUCUGGAGUCUGAUAAGGUCAUGUUCCCCUGCACAGGUGUUGCAUGCAUCAACCAAUGGUUGUGUGCCACGUCAUUGACUGUGCCGUCGCACCAGAUUGCUAUAACAUAUGAUGUGGUUAGCUGAUACGUAAAAUACCUAUCCAGGUGUUGUAGGAUCUGGCAUGAGUCAGCAAUGUCUGAGCAGAGGAACACAACCUGUAUGGAUGUCUUCCAGAUCUGUUUUCUGACUGGUCAAUAUCUCAUUCUGUAUUCCUCCCAUAGGUGGAGCUCUGCGUAGGAGGGCAAGGUCAGCAACCAAUGAGGAGGCUCCCUGUGAGGAGAGGGGUGGCAGCCUCCCUGAAGGGGCAGAGUUAAAUACUACUCUGGCUCUGAGGGCUGAGCUAGAUGACAUGGCAGGGGCAGAGUUUAACUCCCAGAAGGCUGUGCAGGAGCAACUGCAGAAGUCAACCAGAACCAAGAACAGCAUCAGCGCCCGGGUUACAGAGGGUAACACACACACACAUAGAAACACACACAUGCAGACAUAAACAUAUAGCACACACUAACAGAGUGUAUGUCCUGUCUUUGUCUAUAGGGGUGAAUGUCCCUCCAUCCCAGCACCUCUACAGGGCAUUGGUCAGUGUGAAUGUGGAGGAGGAGGAGCUUAUCAGCCAGGCUCUACGUGACAGGCUGCAGCUGGUCCCGCCCACAUGCAGCCAUGGCAACAAGGCAGGUCCCUCUCACUGACCCCAUCAGAUUACAUUUACCCGUGUGUGUCUAAGCAAUAUGUACAUUGAAAAGUCUCAUGACCUGCAACUAGUCCAUACCUGUAUUUGUAAGUGUGUGUGUGUGUGUGUGUGUGUGUGUGAGAGCAGAAAGAGGACGGUCCUGACCUGCAGGUUUUCUUCAGAGGGGAUCUGCUGAGAGAGAAGCCCCUCCUACCAGGGGAGGAGAUGACCAUGCCACGCCCAAAGCCCAUCCCACGACCCGCACACACAACCUUUGACCUCUACCACAGACAAACAUGCUGGGAGGCCGGACCCUGA